UGUGAAACCAGAUAAACACUUAAAUAUUUUAUUUUCCUUGCAUACGCUAUAUAUUAAAUAAUAAGUUACUAAGCAUAUUUACUAACCUGUAUAAGAAGAUUAUGUUUAACAUGAAGUUAUUUUUGAUUUGUGUGUUGAUUGUGGUUUUGGCUCAAAAUUCAUUUCAGGAAGAGUUGCCAAGAGAAUGUGGUCAAAAUGAAGAAGCAGGUUGUGAGCCCUGUUGUCCCGAGCAAGAAAUAACAUGCCAAAAUAAAAAACCACGCCCAUGUCCUGAACUUGGAUGUUUGCCUAUUUGUAAUUUUAAAUGCGUCUGUGUUGAUGGAUAUAUAAGAGACACUAUAUCCGGAAAAUGUGUAAAAAAUUGUUAGAAAAUGUGUUAUUAACAAUGUUAGUUUUAAAUAAAAAAUUAUAUAGUUUAAGUCAGUAAAAUAGUAGUACUUU